GUUUGAAGUUUCCGGUUCAUUGAAUAGGUAGAACUAAAAUUUUUGAUUGUAAUCAUCAUCAUAUAUACAUGUAUACAUGUGAUUUUGAAAGAAAAACCAAACGAAUGGCAUUAUGGAUUUGUGAAUAGAUAGAUGAUCCUAGAAAUAAAACAAUAGUUUAAAGAUGGGGUUUGGAACACAACUUAAAAUACUCCUAUGGAAGAACUUCACUAUAAGAAAAAGACAGAAGUUUCGAUUGUUUGCUGAGAUUGUAUUUCCAUUAGCUUUGUUUUUAAUUCUUGUGAUAGUAAGAACACGACCAGAUCUCAAAGUCAAUCAUGCAGAAUGUCAUUUUGAUGGCAAUGCUAUGCCGAGUGCUGGCACUUGGCCCUUUCUACAAUCCUUAGUUUGUAAUGCAGAAAACAGAUGUUACCAGACUGUUACAGCUGAUGAAGCUGCUGGUACAACAGCCUCAGGAAAUCCACAGGCUUUGAUUACUAGAAUUUUGAAAGAUAUAGGACAAUUAGCAGAUCCUAAACUCAUACAGAACUUACUAAAAGAUGGACAGAGUAUUAUGAGAGUGCUUGGCAUGAUCAGAAAUGGAACAGCCACAGGGGGUAUAAAUUUAGGAAACAUUGUGACUAAUCCUACAGACCUGAGGAACCAGAUCAUUAACAACAACAUCAGUUUGUCUCCUGAUGUGAUAGAUCAAUUACUUAAUGCGACAAUCAAUCCAGCUCUGCCAACUGGUGUAUUAUUUGACUUUGGAGAAUGUCGAUUGAUACAAAACAACAGAACAUCAGGAGGUAUUCCCAACACCAACACAACUGUUCAGGAUCUUCGUAGUCUUCUGUGUGAUAGAAAUUUAAAUGAGACUAUUAUCUUCCCAACACAGUCUCUCCAAGAUACUGUUCAGACACAGCUGUGUAAUCUGUCCCUAGUACAGUUUGAUGAGCUCUACGGAUUACUUCUAUCAGCACUCAACAAUACAAGAUCAAAUGAAGAGAUAUUAGAUUAUAUAGAGAGGAAUGCAGGAGAAGAAUUAUCGUCUGAUCCAGCAGAAUUAUUACAGUUAUACAACGAUUUCACAACCUUAUACCAGGAUUACCAAAAUGACAGGGAUGUUAUUGAAACUGUUGAAAGCCUGUUCAAUCAGCUCCAGGGAACUACAAUGGGACAGAGUGUCAACGGCACUGCCAUGGUCCAGAGUCUGGUAUGUGGUCGAGGAAGUACCAAAUGUAGACCUGGAUAUUAUAUAGCAGGAUCUAGUUGUCUCCCCUGUAAGGUAGGAACAUACCAACCUAAUGCCGAUCAGGGGUCCUGUAUACAAUGCGAAGAUAACCUAAAGACUAAUUCUACAGCCUCUACCAAAGAAGAUGAUUGUCAAGUAAAUUGUGGAGCUGGCCAGGAGGGUGAUGAUGAUUGUUCCAAUUGUAAGUCAGGUUAUUAUAAACCAUCAGCAGGGAUUUAUCCAUGUAUGAAAUGCCCGCUGCACACAACAUCUAAUCAGGCCAGGACAGAAUGUAAUAUAUUAAACUGUUCACCUGGAUAUCACAUCAACAAUGGCCAAUGUAUACAAUGUUUGAAAGGAUACUACCAGACUGAGUAUAACAAGACAACUUGUACAGCAUGUUCAUCUAACCAUGACACACAAAAUACAGGGUCCAGUAAAUCUACAGAUUGUCAGGAAAUCUGCCCUGCUGGUACAGAGGGAGACAGUUGUAAGAAAUGUGAGAAAGGUUACUAUAAAUCUACAUCAGGUAUCCAGGGGUGCAUGAAGUGUCCUGAUGGGUAUACUGCAAGUGAUGAUAAAACUAAAUGUAUAUUGGAUUGCAAGGCUGGUUCUUACAUUGAUGGCAAUAAAUGUUCUCCUUGUGGUUACGGCACAUACCAGCCUGACCUUGCCCAGACAUCUUGUCUGUCAUGUGACUCCAUCAAAAAUACCACUUUCACUGGAUCUGACAAAAAAGAUGAUUGUAAAGUGUACUGUGGUCCAGGUGAAGAAGGGACAGAUACAUGUUCUCCAUGUAAAGACGACUAUUAUAAAUCAACAGGUGGCAGGACAGCAUGUUUACAAUGUACAGGUCACAUGACCUCUACUAAAAAUGACAGGACUAAAUGUACAAUUUUAUUUUGUGAUCGUGGCUAUUUCUACAAUGCUGUAGACAAUACAUGUAAACCUUGCCCAGAAGGGGAGUACAAAAGUGAUAGAGGAAUGGAAAAGAUGUGCCAGGCUUGCACAGCUCGAUAUGAAGUGAUAGGCAACCCUGGAACACAGUGUAAAAGAACUGUUUGUGCUGAUUUGAUUGAUAAUUUCAAGUCCAAUAGUUUUGGUAAUGCAAUUUGGAAACAGUUAAAGCCUCUGGUUGAAGGAAAAAUACCAUAUGCACCAAACACAUCAGCGAUCAAUGAUGUUAUUAAAUUGGCAAACAAGACAUUUGAAGACCUAUUUAAUAUUGUGGACCUAGCAAGAUCAUGGAGAGCAGAAUCGGAUGUUUUAUUUAACUUUCUUGAAACUAACCCUGAAAUACAACUUCUUAGAGAUUUCACGUGUUCUGAAGUUUGUGAUAACCUAUGGCAUACAUUUAGACGAACAGCUUGUAAUGGAACAUUACCAGGAUUUAAUAUAUCAUCUCUUUUAUCUGGACUUAAUGUUGGUGGAUUCAAUAUUGCGUCCUUAAUACCAGGACUCUCUACUGGUGGAAUGAAUGACAUCUUGUCUCUGAUACCAGGAUUUAACCAAAGUGGACUAACAGCCCUUUGUGAUGUGGACCCAAACUAUAGCCCCUGCGAGUCACUGUUUCAGUUUCUUUACAGUGGUACUGAUAUUAACAUUUCCAAUUAUACAUGGAAGGACGCUUUAGAGAAUGUUAACAGUGUACUUGAAAUGGUUUCUGAAUAUGGAAAGUGCUUUGUAUUUGACAAGUUUGAAGGAUUCAAAUCAGAGUAUGAAUUGACAGCAAGAGCUUUACAGCUGAUUGGUCAAAAUAAAUACUUUGGCGCUAUUGUGUUUGAUAAAGAACAUAAAAAUGGACUUGAAUCACAUGUGAGGUAUUCCAUCAGAAUGAACCAGGAUCGUGUAGAUUCAACAAACAGAAUUCAGUCUAGGUACUGGCGACCAGGACCUAGAUCUACACCUGGAAUAGAUACUAAAUAUGUAACAUAUGGCUUUGCCUAUCUACAGGAUAUGAUUGACCAUGCUAUUAUCAAAAUCCAGACAUACAAUACUUCUGAUAUAGGAGUUAUCACACAGAUGUUCCCAUAUCCAUGUUAUAUCCAAGAUAAAUUUAUCUAUGCCAUAUCCCGAACUUUGCCAUUAUUCCUGGUGUUAGCCUGGGUGCUGUCUGUGGCCAUGAUAUGUAAGAAUAUUGUGUAUGAGAAGGAGAUGCGUCUGAAGGAAGUGAUGAAGAUUAUGGGAUUAGGUAAUGGUGUCCACUGGCUGGCGUGGUUUAUUGAUGCCUUCAUUGUCAUGUUUAUAUCUCUGAUUCUGAUGGUUAUUAUUUUGAAGGCAGGAAAAGUUCUUGAGCAUUCAGACCCUACAGUAAUCCUGUUCUUGUUAACAGCAUUCACAGUGGCUACUAUAUCACAAUGUUUCCUCUUCAGCGUUUUCUUCUCGAAAGCUAACAUUGCAGCAUGUGUUGCUGGGUUUUUGUACUUCAUGUUGUAUUUAAUAUAUCCCCUGUGUUCUCAGUGGGAGGAAUUGAUGACAAGUACACAUAAAAGUCUAGCUGGUCUAUCAUCAAGUGUAGCCUUUGGGUUUGCCUGUAGUUAUGUAGCUAGGUAUGAGGAGCAAGCCAUUGGUGUCCAGUGGAGUAACAUCGGUGAAACACCUAUUGUUGAUGAUGAUUACAGCUGUUUGAAUUGUAUUGUCAUGAUGAUUGUUGAUGCCAUUAUAUAUGGUUUGUUUACCUGGUAUAUAGAAGCUGUUUUCCCUGGUCAGUAUGGAAUUCCAAGGAAAUUUUAUUUCCCCUUUCUGAAGUCAUAUUGGUGUGGCUCAUCCAUAUCAAAAGAUAGAAGUGACCAGUACAUGUAUCAAGGGUCAACUAUGGAACUAAAAGGUCAAGGUAAUGCCAAUGUAGAAGAAGAGCCAAAGAACAAAAAAGUUGGUGUGUCCAUCAGAAACCUAAAGAAAGUUUACAAGAAUGGAAACAAAGUAGCAGUGGAUGGUCUUUCCAUUAAUUUUUACGAAGGACAGAUAUCAUCAUUCCUGGGACAUAAUGGAGCUGGCAAGACAACUACAAUGUCUAUACUGACUGGACUGUUUCCUCCAUCAGAUGGCACAGCCUUUAUCUAUGGUCAUAAUAUACUGACUGAGAUGGACGCUGUCAGGGACAGUCUUGGAAUGUGUCCUCAACAUAAUGUCUUGUUUGACAAACUAACAGUUGAAGAACAUCUAUGGUUUUAUGCUCGAUUGAAGAACCUUGAACCUGAAAAGGUUAAACGGGAAAUGGUCAGAAUGAUUCAGGAUGUUGGAUUGCCACACAAAAAGAAGGAGUUAUCUUCAUCACUCUCUGGUGGUAUGAAGCGGAAGCUAUCUGUAGCUAUAGCCUUUGUUGGUAAUGCCAAAACAGUUAUUCUUGAUGAACCUACAGCUGGUAUUGAUCCAUAUGCCAGGAAAGAGAUUUGGGAAAUUUUACUUAAACUCAAGAAAAAAAGAACCAUUAUCCUGUCUACACAUCACAUGGAUGAAGCUGAUGUUCUUGGUGACAGAAUUGCCAUUAUCUCACAAGGUAAACUAUGCUGUUGUGGUUCUAGCCUCUAUCUGAAAUCACAGUAUGGUAAUGGAUAUUAUCUGACCUUAGUACAGGAUGAUGGGAAGGGCAAUGACAAAGAGGACAGUGAUGACGAAAUGGAUUUUAUGGAGUCGAGAGCACAAUCUAGAGGAAGUGUAAGGACAACUGUAGAUGUCAAGCCAAUAGUAAAUAAACAGUCAGACAUAGAAGAUGAAGGUUUUGGUGAUAAUUCUGAUGACAAAAGUGAAAGUGGUGGAUCUAAGCCACCAACCCCUCCUCCAGAAAGUGCAACCAUGGUACCAGGAUUUUCUACAAAGAGAACUACAGAAUUUAUUGGUAAAUAUGUAAAGAAGGCCAAGCUUGUUGAAGAGAGCAGUACAGAGCUCACCUAUCAACUACCAUCAGAUGCAGCCCAUUCAGGACAGUUUGAACAAUUAUUCAAACAGUUAGAGAGAUGUCAUAAAGAUAUGGGGAUAUCUAGCUUUGGUAUAUCUGAUACCAGCCUUGAGGAGGUAUUCUUGAGAGUAGCUGAUGAGACUGGAGUUGAUCAGGAUGAUGAAACAAAAAGGAAGAAAUUAGAGGAAGGAACUGAUAGUGGUAGAUUUGCUAAACCUGUCACUAGACUAAGCUUCAGAAGGAAGAAAAAGAAAUCAUUCCUGAAAAUGUUGGCAAUAAAAGGAAAGAACCCUAAAGUAGACUCAGAAGAACUAAUGGAUGAUAAUGAAUCUGUUAUAUCCGUUCCAACCAGUGAAAAGAGUAUCGAGACAGGAUUCAGCCACAAGGACCAUGUUAAACAUACAGGAAUCAGACUCAAACUUCAGCAGUUUAAAGCUAUUUUUUUCAAAAGGUUCCACAGACUUCGACGUAGCAAGAAAGGAUUCUUCUUUGAGAUUAUUAUGCCAGCAUUGUUCAUAUUGGCUUCUAUGGCCCUUGCAAAGAUAAGACCACCAUCAUUUGGAGAACCACCACUGGAACUUCAGCCAUGGAUGUAUACACCUAAGAAAGGAGCACCAAACCUGUAUACCUUCUUUAGCAAUGAUGGUAAUGACUUUGGAAUUGGUGCAGACCUCACGAAAACAUUACUGACAAAACCAUGGAUGGGCAAUAGAUGUAUGGACCCAAAGAUAAAACAGAUCAGUGAUUAUUCCUGUAAAGCAGAUAGUUAUGAAUCUGUAUGGACAAAUGGUGGCAGGUUUACUGGUAAUGAUGCUAUAGACUUUCCACAAUGUGACUGUUCUAGUGGAUUUCAAGUGUGUCCAGCAGGGGCUGGAGGUCCUGAGCCACCAAAGAAACUGCUACCAACAACAGACUAUCUUUAUAACAUGACUGGUCGUAACAUCAGUGAUUGGUUGGUGAAGACAAUGAAGCCGUUCCAGAAAAAGAGGUAUGGUGGAUUUUCUUUUGGAGAUAUCAACAAUAUCAGCUUAUCACUGAACACCAGUAGAAUACGAGAAAUAUUUGAAGAUAUUUUGUAUAAUUUGACUCAGACAUCAACAAAUACAACAGAAUUUUGGAAUGACCUUGAAGACAUUUUAGAAGAUGCUGUCACACAGGAUACUGUCAAGGUAUGGUACAAUAAUAAAGGUUGGACAGCCAUUGUUUCUUACAUGAAUGUGAUGAAUAAUUUGAUACUACGUAGCCGACUGAGCCCCAGUCAGAAUCCAGAACAGUAUGGUAUAACCACAGUAAAUUAUCCAAUGAAUGCAACUGUCAAACAAUUUACUGAAGAAACACUACGAGAAAGUUUUAUAGAUGUGACUAUAGCAAUCUGUAUGAUUUUUGCCAUGUCAUUUAUACCUGCAAGUUUUGUCAUGGUGUUGAUAGAAGAGAGAUCAUCAAACUCAAAACAUUUACAAUUUGUUAGUGGUGUCAAUCCAUUUAUUUACUGGCUGGCAAACUUUCUAUGGGAUAUGGUGAAUUAUAUGAUACCAUCGAUUCUAUGUAUAAUAAUCUUCUUGUGUUUCCAAACAAAGUCAUAUGUUGGACCAGGAAAUCUGGAGGUUCUCAUUGUAUUGCUGGUCUUGUAUGGAUUCGCCAUGACCCCUUUGAUGUACCCCUUCACAAGAUUUUUCAGUGUCCCCAGUACAGCUAUGGUUGUACUGACGUCUGUUAAUAUCUUCCUUGGAACUACAUCUACACUGGCUACAUUUAUCAUAGAAUUCCUGGAAAGAGAUGAUGAGGAACUGAAAAACGUAAAUGCUAUAUUGAAAAAGGCAUUCCUAUUGUUACCUCAGUACUGUCUAGGACGAGGUUUGACGGAUAUGUCCCGUAACCAGCUAUGGGCAGAUAAUUCUGAUAUUAUCAGUCCUGGCUCAUAUGAAAAGGUAUGGAAGUCACCAUUUGAGUUUGACCAGGUUGGAAGGAAUUUGUUAUCCAUGUUCUGUAUUGGUCUUCUGUUCUUUAUAAUUAAUCUACUCAUAGAAUACAACUUUUUCCUCAGCAGGAGUUGGAACUGCUUCUGGAAUUCCAAACCUAAUUUUAAGUCCCUUGCUGAUGAAGAUAUAGAUGUUACUAAUGAGAGAAAGAGAAUAAAUAACAAGCAGACAAAGGAUGAUGUUCUUAUAAUUGAUAACCUUACCAAGGUGUAUAGACUUCAUGGAAAGAAAGGCAGGAAUAUAGCAGUAGACAGAUCAUGUUUUGGUGUACCUAAUGGACAAUGCUUUGGUUUACUAGGAGUAAAUGGGGCUGGAAAAACUACAACAUUUAAAAUGUUAACAGGUGAUGUGGAUGUUACACAAGGAAAUGCUACACUUAAUGGACACAGUAUUCUAAAAGACUUGGAGAAAGUUCGGUUGGACUUAGGUUAUUGUCCACAGUUUGAUGCCUUUGACCCGUUACUGACAGGAAGAGAAAUUCUAUGUUUCUUUGCUAGACUGAGGGGAAUUCAAGAAAAGGACAUUAAACAGAUAACAGAAUGGGGAAUCCGUAAACUUGGCCUGAUACAGUAUGGAGAUAAAAGAUCUGGUGAUUAUUCAGGUGGAAAUAAAAGAAAACUGUCUACAGCUAUUUCACUGAUUGGUAAUCCCUCUGUUAUAUUUAUGGAUGAACCUACAACAGGGAUGGACCCUCAUGCCAGGAGAUUCCUUUGGAACUGUAUUAAUAAUAUUGUAAAGGAUGGAAGAUCAGUAGUUUUAACUUCACACAGCAUGGAAGAGUGUGAGGCUUUAUGUAACAGAUUAGCAAUCAUGGUCAAUGGUAGAUUGAAGUGUAUUGGAAGUACACAACAUCUCAAAAACAGAUUUGGUAAUGGCUAUACUGUGAUAAUUCGUGUUGCUGGUGAAAUACCAGUACUGGAACCAGUUAAAGACUUUAUGGCUAAUGUGUUUGGUGAUCCAGAAUUGAAAGAGGAGCACAAUAAUAUGUUACAAUAUCAACUGAAUUCCAAAAUAAAGUUGUCUCGUAUAUUUGGUCAGAUGGAGGCUGUGAGGGAUAAUCUCAAAAUAGAGGACUAUUCUGUUUCUCAGACCACCUUGGAUCAGGUAUUCAUUCAUUUUGCCUCCAAGCAGACAGACAUGUUAGAUGAUGAACUGUCAAAGGAAAAACUGCCAUCUCAUAGAGGUAAACAAUUAAGUUUUAGGAACAGUAUUGUACCAGACGAUUCUGACAUGGAGAGUGUUACAGGGAGUACUGCAGAUCUAAUGACACAUGAAAGGAGACUGCAUAUCUAUGGGUCAUUCAGAGGGGAGACAACUGAUGAUGAAAGUUUAGCAGGAAGCACAGUAGGACUGGUUAGACCUAGCAGUUCACGUAGCAGUACACGAAGUACCAUUAGUGAUCAAAACUUUCCAAAUGUUCAGAUAUUCUGAGAAGUUUCAACUUUGUUUAAAGACUCAAAAGAUUCAUCCAAAUGUUGUGAUACUCCAAUGAAUUCCUGAAACUUGAUAUUGCCUGUGAUAUGAUGACACAGAUUUAUUUUGUAACUUUAUUAUCUCGUUAUUUACCUAAGAUCUGUUAGAUAUGUUUUUUUGUUACAUUGUAAUGAUAUUGCACUUUAAUUGAUUGCUUAUAUGGCACCAUGUAAAUUUGAAUAAACUUGUUAUUUUACGGAAUUUAAUCAAACAAUCAAUGUAAUUUUCUUUCAAUAGCUUCAGCUACCUCAAGGUUUUUCUGUAUACUUUAGACCACUUAUGUUUCACUAUGUUAUAGAUAUUGCUUAAUAUUCCUUAACCUUCUAUUUUUACUACAAGAGAAGUUGUGUUAUUUUUAACUACAUAUCUGCUGGCAGAUGAUUUAUGAAUGGAGAUGUAAAUAUUCUUGUUUUAGUUAUUUAUUACCAGUAUUUUGACUUUUAUUUUUUAUUUUAUUAGGUUAACUUUUGAACAAUAACAUAUAUAAUGCUCAUAAGAAUCAAAGAGUUGCUCAUUAUAAAUAAAUAAUUUACUGUAUCAUGCUAUUUGAUCUAACUGUCUUGGCUGGCAAAGGAUUGCAUAAUGUGAUACAGAAACAAUUUGUCCAUUGAAGAUGAAAGUUUUUUUCAUUUAAAUAUGUUUUAUCCAAAAUUCAUAGACAAUUGUGUAUUUAAUUUCUUUUAAGAUGGGAUUAUUAAUCAAAAUUUAAAAUUUUCAAUGUGAACACAUUAUUUUCAAGAACAAAUGCAGGUUUUCUUAUACAAUGCUGUGGGACAAAUUCUUAAAUAACUGGCUCUAUUGUGAUGUUAUUUAUAAGUCAGUAUGGCUAGUCUGUAUUCUUACACUUUGUAAGGUUUAGACAUGAAAAUCAUGUAUUUUGACAACAGACAAAAAAGGCUUAUUCAAAUUUAUACAUUACAAAGCCUGUCUUGAGAUUUGUUGUAAGGUUUUUUAUAAAUGGAUCAAAGCAAAUCAUGUCCACAAUCUUAUGUUUACGUUUGCUUAACAUUCUUUCAAAAUGGACAGCACUUUGUUUUCUGGAUGCGAAAUCAAAUACUGUAAAUUCAGAAAUUAUUGGGAGCAUUUAUUAUUGCCAUUUUGACAUGAACAACUAAAAAUUGAGAAUAAUUAUUGCCAUUUUAGGAAAAACUGCAUACAGAUAUAUGUAUCAUAUAUCAGAAUGCAAGUUCUAGUUAUUGCGAUUUUCACCCAGUCACGUUAUACACAUUAAUUAAAACCUCACAAUAAUUUCUGUACUACAUAUGAGAUUGCAACCUUACUUGGUCACAUAUAAUGACAGGAAGAUCCAUAUUGAUUUUGAGGUCUCUAUGUGUAAGGUCAAUGUGAAUAUUUCUUAGAAAAGGCAAAAUUUUGGGCAGUCAGGUGGUUUCAGGAUGUUAAUUCAAAUACUACAUUUAAGAAUUUACUUUAAAUAUGUGGUCACAUAUAAUAAGAGGAAGAUCCCUAUUGAUUUUGAAGUCACUUGCUCUAGGGUCAAGGUCAUACUUCAUACCAUUUCCUUAGGAAAAUGCCUGUACCAAGUCAGGAAUAUGACAGUCGUUUUUCACUCUUUCCGUUGGUUGAUAAUGUUUCAUUUUGUCAGUUUUUAUGGACUUCCCCUUUUUUUAAUUUACCUUGGAGUUCGGUAUUUUUGUUAUACUUUUUUUCCUAAACCAGAUUGUCUAAGGCAAUAAAGCCAUCUCAUAAAAUCAUUACAGAAAUGGUUAUUACCUUAAGUAACCAGAAACAAGUAUGCAAUCAGGUGACUAAAGGAUAUUCCAUUUUAUAUUGGAGGCAUGGAGUAUGUGAGCUGUUCAUCCAAGGUUCUUUGAUUUAUAAAUAUGUCUCCAAAGAGAGAAAUUUAAAUUAUGUAGAUAAUUGUAAGGCUGAACACUAUGUUCAGGUGCUGAUUGACAGAAAAUAAAGACAUAUAUUAUGGUUCAGGUGCUGAUUGACAGAAAAUAAAGACAUAUAUUAUGAUAUUCAGAAUUCAACAAGUUAUCCUUUUUAUUAGUGAUUGCAAUUUAAUAAUGAUAAUGAGUGCCAUGGUUGAUUUAAAUUUUUGUUUGUGUGCAAAUAAGAAACCAUACAUUUUUGCAAGACUUUUUGUCCAAAUGUUAUGCUUUUUUUUCAAUCUACUAAUACAAACCAAAGUAAAUAUUUCAUUAUAAACACUGAAACACUUUCAAGCUUUAUCAUUGUUUGGUUACCUAAUGUAAGAAUUACACAGUGUGUGUGGCAUAUCAAAUCUUUCAUAUAUCUUGAAAUUGUUGAGUUUGUGAUAUCCUCAUAGCAUAAUAAUCAUAUAGGAUUUUGGCAUAAAUAUGAAAAUAUUUCUUGCCCUUUUGAAGUGCUGUUGUUUUUGUUGGAAGAAAAUAUGAUUCAGAUUAUAUUAUAAGCAUUAAAAUUCUUAGACUUUACCUUUUUUUACACUCACCACAUUUUAUCAUUUCCAUUAUGUAAUAAACUUGUAGAAGUAUAAACAAUUAUCAAAACAAAUCAUAUAUGUCGCAGAACUAAUGUUACAAACAUUUUUUGAGAAAUAAAAACAAAACAUCAACAAUAUUUUAUACAAACCAGAUUUUGAAUUUAAAGAAAAGAUUUAUUUUCUCAAUUUUAUAGUGUCAUUUUGGAACCUAUCAACAAAUUUAGAUUGGUUCGUAUGUUCAACAAAAAUGUUGAAUCAUGCCUUUUCAUUUAAGGAUGUUGUUGGCUGUUGAAAUUUAAUACAUGUAUAACAACAUUUUCAUAAAUAUUGGAGGUUUUUUUUAAUGUAUAAUAAUAAUUCAAAAUAAAUUUUGAAAAUUAGAGAAUUUUUAGGGGCGAAAAGGUAUCUCUAGAUUUUUCGUAUGCAAUGUAUAGGAAGAAAUGAGUGCUUAACUUUAUAGAAUAUAAGAAUUUCAAAAUGUUUUAACAAACAUGUUUUUCAGAUGUAAUUUAAAAAAGAUUUAAUUUAAGGGAUAGCUUGGCAAAAUGAUGUUAAUGCAUAACAUAGGAAAAAGUCAGAGGGAUUAUAAAGUAUUGAGGAAAAGAUGAAUGAAAAUGUGAAUUAGCAUUCUUAAUGUGACAUUGUUGUUUAUUUGUUUGAAUAAUGACUAGUAUUCUUGUUAAUUUGUUGAAUUAGUGACAAAGUGUACUUGUAAAUUUGUUUUUAAUUGACCAUAGUACUAUAGUACUAUAGACAGUCAUUUCAUGGCUUCAGAAAAAUGGACACUCAUUGAAGAAGUAGGAUAUAAGGGAGGUUUGUAGUCAACAAUUUAUUAUAGAUGGAUGUGAACAAAUAUUUUUUAUUUUGUUUAGGGUCUAUGUAAAUAAUGUGGUAAGCUGAUGAGUUGACAUGGCCAAUUAGUUGUUGGCUAUAGUAAUUUUGUUUUUGCUGUUUGAUUGUUAAUGGUUUUAUAUUUAAUUCAUCAAAAGUAUUUUACCUGAGUUCAAUGUGAUCUUAAACUUAAUAAGUGUCUUUCAUAAUUGUUUUACAUAGAAUAAAAGUAUCAGGUUUCUACCAA